AGAGAGAAAGAGAGAGACAAAGAAAGAGAGAGAGAGAGAGAGAGAGAGAGAGAGAGAGAGAGAGAGAGAGAGAGAGAGAAAAGAGAGAGAGAGAGUUUUGAAGAGUUCAUAAUAAAAUUAAAUAAUUAUGUUAUUCAAAUUUACGGUGCCGCUUUCAAUCUUUAUUAUAUUUGCCACCGCAAACGAUGUAGAACAAUUCGAUAAUCACAAUGUUCAGUGGGUUGGUGGAUCAUUUGAAUGGCCUUGUACAACUACGAAGAGUAUGUUCAAAAAUAGUGGUCGCUACAUCUCAAAGAAUGUGAUCGCAACGAGAGCUGCAAUUUUCAUGGAUGAUGCUAUUUUAGCUCUACCAAGAUUUAAACCUGGUGUCCCAGCGACUUUGGCUAGAGUCUCUCUUAAGGACAAAAACUGUCAAGCUAAUCUUUAUGCUUUUCCAUGUUGGUCCGUUCAAGAGGAAGGUACUUUGAAAGCAUUGCAAAAUGUCGUAGAUCUUUUCUUGGAUCCCCAAGAUAUUCUUUGGGUCUUGGAUACGGGAGUAAUCCAUACGUUGGAGGAAUCUGUACGUAUAUCCCCGCCAAAAGUUAUUGCAAUCAACAUGAAAACAGGCAAGCUCAUAAAGACGAUUGAACUCGAUGGUCUGACUACAUCUUCCUCUCGACUUCAAUACGUCGUUGCUGACUACAGUCCAGAUGGACGUGUCCUUAUAUACGUGUCGGAUGCUGCAACAAGAGCAAUCUUAGUCUACGAUGUUACAUCUGGUCGUGGUUAUAGAUUUGUCCUACCGAAAACCGUAACCACAGGCUCUUCUCGAAGAGAUGUAUUAUACUUGGCUCUUAUUCGUCAUCCCGAUGGUAGUACUUGCCUUCUGUUUACUUAUUUAUCAGGCAGUCGUAUGUUCUCCAUCAAGACGGAAUAUCUUCGUAACGGUGCACCGAACGACAAAAUUCAAGAUAUUGGAUUGAAGCCUAAACGUUUAGUAAUUUUAGGCACGGACAAUGGCAAUGCUCUAUUCUUCAGAUACGAAGGAGAAGCUAUCGUUCAAAGAUGGGACACUAGUACUGGUUUCCAACCUGAGAAUUUCCAAAAGGUUUAUAGCAGUACCGCUUGUUCUCUGGCAACUCAAGUUAUUCCUGAUUAUAAGAGAGGUAGUAUGCGUGUAUUGGAAUCUAACUUCCCAGAUUACAUACAAGGUACCGUUGGAUGCGGAGCCAAUCAAGCUCUUAAUAUUAUGUAAAAUAUAUUUUAAAAUAGGAUAAACAAGAAAAACGAAAAAAAGGAAGAAAAAAAUAAAAUACAUGUAUAAGAUUAAA